UUAAAACUUAAUUAACAGCAGGAACUUCGUCGAUCGAUCAAGUGAGACAGUUCGUUUAAUUGAUUUUAUUAUUAUUUCGAGUUUGUGCUGAAAUGGCUGCUGCUGCGUUAACCGAAACUCCUAAAUACUGUGAAAUUUGCGGAGAUCCAGAAGUAUCAAAUUUUUACGGAGCAUUCACGUGCAUUUCUUGUACAGACUUCUUUAAAGAGAAUAUACUCCUCCGAAGAGAGGUAAUCCCUUGUUCUUUCGGAAGCGGUAAAUGUUCUCUAAAUAAAAGGUAUGGUGUCCCGUGUAAAUUUUGUCGUUUAAGCAAGUGCUACGACGUCAAAAUGGAUUACGCAAAAGUCUUCAGCCAAUUGCCUAGUGAUUAUAAACGUGAAACAUGUACCGAAGAAAAAUAUUAUUUGCUGUUUUGUGAUCAACAAGAUUCAUUCCUGGAUUGUCUGAUGUACAUGGAGCAAUACUUUUACAAAUGGCUAAAUUCUCUUCCAAGUUUCCGUAAUUUAAGCGAGGAACGAAAGAAAAGCCUAAGAUUGAGGUCUUACGCGAAGGGUGCAAUCUUGCAAUUAAUAGAGAGAUCGCUAAACGUUUACGAGAUGCUUCGAUUACACAAUUCUUUUAUUUGCUGUAUGACGGACGUGGAUAUGAUCUUUUUAAAUUUAAUAAGACUGAUAAGCGAUUCUCGACGUACUUAUUUCAAAAUAGCGGAAAGAUUGGAAGCCUCUGGUAUGACACACAUGGAAGCAUUUUCGGCCUUGAAGCUGCAAUUAGCACUACCACAAGGUACGUUAUGCAAUCGAGAUUUAUAUNCAGGGGACCUAUUCUGA